ACCCAUGUUCUGCCUAAAGCCCAGCCCACUACCCUACCCAAGCCAGAGACCCUAAACUUUGUAAACCCAUGCGGCUGCUUCUCUGCGUCGGAUCUCUUCUCACCUUGGUCUGUGCCCGACGCGGCGACGCCGAUACUCAUUGCUCCUUUCCCCCUUCUUAGAUUUUCUUGUCUAUUUGCACGACUGCUGCGCCUCCUCAAGUCCUCUGAUCUGCUGUGCUUCGUUUGUCGUCGAUACUCUGCUGCGCCUCGUGUGAGUGGUGUCGUCGAUACACUGCUGGUUGCUGCAGUGUUGUCUCGUUUCCUGCUUUUCUCGUCUCGUCUUCGAUUCAAGGCAAAGAAAAUGAAGAAGAGAAACCAAACAAGCGAUGCUAUGGAUAGCAAGGACCGUGAUUGGGACUUCAGAAAGCUUAUGAAAGACAUCGAGUUUUUGGGUGCCUCACAUAUGACAUGGAAAGAAAGGAAAGAGUUGGAGAACCGCAAGGUAGUGUCUCUUGGUGGCAAGCCUCCAAAGAAACAAAGACUGCCUUUAAGUGUAGCACGUGUACAAAUGAAGAAACAAAAGGAAAGAGAGGAGAAAAUGCUUCAAGAGAAUAUAAUUCUUGGACGAUUUGGAGGUAAGCUUGGUGGUGGUGCUAAAAGAUCAAUGGAGAAGCGCAAACAGGAGAACGGGGUGCUGAGGUCAAGCGAGGGAUAUUUCAGAAAUGGUGUACUUGAUGUGAAGCAUAUGUUAAACCCUGCCUCAUCAAAAGAUAAUGAUUCCAGUAAUCAUGUUUUUGGUAAAGGGAAGAAGAAGAAUAAGGGAAGCGGAAAGAAAAAUCGAGGAAAAAAGAAAGGCAGUGGUAGGAAGCGCCAUUGAACAUAAAUGAUGGUAAUCUCUGUCAAGACGACGAGUAGAAAUCGAACUUCAACUGCUGAUACUUGCAGUUAUAUGAUUCUCUCUCUCUCUCUCUCUCUCUUUUGUUUAGAAAAAUGUAAUCUUGGCAAUAACUCAGAACUCAAAGGUGCUGCAAUAGUAGUUGUAAACAAUUGAUCUUUCAGCUGGAAUGAGCCAAUUUAUUCAGUAAGAAAAGUUACAAUUCAAUCCAA